CGGGGAUUGUGAGCUAAGAGCCAGGAGUAAGAGGCCUGGGACCUGGGCGGCUCCCCCAGGCCCUGGGCUGGCCUCCACCGCACCGGGAGCGGGGAAGGAGUGCGGCCCUCACCACCCGGGAAUGCCUGGUCCCCAGGCCUCAUGCUGGGCACCGGGGACCUCAGCCUGCACUCAAGUUGCUUCCCUGGAGGAGGAGGAAGACAAGAUGGGUGGUGCCAGUGCAGAGUGCCAAGUGUCACGUGCCCCAGAUCCGUGCACCAGUUUCUUCCUGACCAACAACCAGAGCCAUCCCCAGAUGAACGAAUUCUCCUGGAAGGAUGUUACCAAUGCCUUGUCCCUGGCCAACAUGGUCCUGGGGCUCUUCUCCAUCUUCUGCAGCUUCUGCAAGAGAUGCCACUGUGCCUCCUGGAUGCUUCUGAUCAGCUUCCUGUUAGACACGGUUGUUGGGGCGAUAACCAGACACCUCAGCCUCUGCUGCAAGUCAGGAGUCGAGCUGAAUGACUUCACUGUCUUUACCACCUUCGGCCUGGCCUCAGCCCUGCUCCUGGGUGUGGACGGGCCCCUGAACGGGUUCCUGGCCAUCAUCUAUGUGUUAGCUGCUACUUUCCGCCUGUGCUUUUACUCAACUGGUGCUCAGCUCACCUAUAAGGGCCUCCCCUGCCGCUAUGCUUCCUGUGUCCUGGCCUCCACCUCCCUUCUGACCAAAGGCAACACGUUCAUUCUCUCUUGCAUGGCCUCGCUUAUGAUUCUCUUCAUGAUGGACCAGAGCUACUACCCGCAUGAUGAAAUCCUGGAGUCUGAGAACUGGAAAAAAUUGGUUUAUCUGGGAGGUAUCUUCAUGCUGCUUUUGUCCCCGUUCUCCCUAACUGCUUUUUACUGCUUGCUGUGGUCACUGUCCUACAUCUUCUUUCCAGAUGCUCUGUGGGGGAAAGCAGCGUGUCUCAGGCUACAGUGCCCAAGAAGCUAAGCAGCUUUGCCCGCUGCCAUGGGCCUCUGCGGGGUCUGUGCCAGCACUGCGGGCCAUGCUGGGCUUCAUCCUCACUAAAUCUUUCCUUGUCCCUAUGUCGCCUGUGUGCUACAUACGUGCUACCUUGAGCCAGAGCAACCCACGACAGGGUCAUCAGCCUUCGCUUCCUCCUCUUUACUCGGGGUUCAGAGGCCCCUGGGGACAAUAGUUGUUUAUAUCACAUAGAACAGGAAUUUUUUUCCCAAGCUGAAGUUGGACCGAGUUUGAGUUCCAGCCCUGGGUGCCCUUGUGUGCUAAGGUCAGUCCCUUGGAAAAAGGAGAAAAAACCUUUAGAAUGGGCCUGUCUCCACCUUGGCCUGUCUGGUUGUUAUCAGUCCAGUGGAGGGUGGGGCUGACUGAAGUGUUUCUUAAGCUUGCAGACUGGCUCUGUGGAGCAGAGCUACCCACAGGACAAUCGCGUUGCACCCUAUAAAUGUGCAU